AUGGCGUCCACCAGAGCUAUGCAGGUUCACGAGCUUGUCAAUGGCUGGUCCUUCAAGCAGACUGAUACUGAAGAAUGGCUGCCAGUCAAAAAAGUGCCUACGAAUGUCCAUUUGGAUCUGCUGGACAACAAAAAAAUCGAGGACCCAUUCCUCGGCUUCAAUGAAUUGAAAUGCGAAUGGGUCAAUGAGACACCUUGGACCUAUCGUGUCGCUCUCCCUGAGAUUGACGUCUCAGAACCCGACAUCAAGCACGUCUUAGCUUUCGAUGGACUGGAUACCUUUGCGACGGUCAAGCUCAAUGGCAAAGUCAUUCUUGAAAGUGACAACAUGUGGAUCAUGCACCGCGUCGACAUCACCGACCACUUACACCCCGACAAGGAGGCUGAACUCGUGAUAGACUUCAAGUCUGCAAUGGCCGAAGCACGAAAAAUCAAAGACGCCCAUCCGGAGCACAAAUGGGUUGGCUUCAAUGGCGACAUGGCUCGAUUGGCUGUCCGGAAAGCACAAUACCAUUGGGGCUGGGAUUGGGGUCCUGUUCUGUCACCGUGCGGUCCAUGGCGUCCUGUACGACUGGAGACGUACCACACUCGAAUUCAAGAUAUCAGAAUAGACUACAAGCUGGGCGAUAGCUUCGAAAAAGUCAGCGGUUCCAUCACUGCAUCCGUAGAAGGAGAACCAGGCAGUACGGUCGAGUUCUCGGCAUCAACACAUGGCGAAACGAUCUUCACGCAUGCUGCAGAGGUGGACGACAAUGGGCAAGCCACGGUCGACUUCUCCAUCGACCAACCCAAGCUAUGGUAUCCACACGGGUAUGGCAAACAACCUCUGUACGAUGUAACAGCGACGAUCAAACAUGGCGGCCAAACUGUGCACACCCUAUCGAAACGAACGGCAUUCCGCAAGGCUGAGCUGAUUCAAGAACCUGAUGACGUUGGCAAGACCUUCUAUUUCAGAGUGAACGGCAUCGACGUAUUCUGUGGAGGUAGUGACUGGAUUCCGGCUGAUUCUUUCACUCCUCGGAUCACCAAGGAUAAGUAUAGGAAAUGGCUUGAGAUGAUGGUGGACGGCUACCAACUGAUGAUCCGAAUCUGGGGUGGUGGAAUCUGGGAAGAGGACAUCUUCUACGAGACUUGUGACGAGCUCGGGGUUCUAGUCUGGCAGGACUUCAUGUUUGGUUGUGGUAAUUACCCAUGUUUCCCGGAGAUCCUCAAGUCGAUCGAGGCAGAGGCUGUCUGCCAAACGAAACGCCUACGACACCACCCAUCGAUUGUUAUAUAUGCUGGAAACAACGAAGACUACCAAGUGCAGGAGCAGCUUGGGCUCACCUACGAUUACGAAGACAAGGACCCACAGAACUGGUUGAAGACAGAUUUUCCAGCGCGAUACAUCUAUGAGAAGUUGCUUCCAGAUGUUGUCGCUGCGCACACGCCGCACGUGCCAUAUCAUCCUGGUUCGCCUUGGGGUGAUGGCAAGAUCUCAAGCGAUCCCACUGUCGGUGAUAUGCAUCAAUGGAAUGUCUGGCAUGGCACUCAGGAGAAAUAUCAGAUCUUCGACACUCUCGGUGGCCGAUUCAAUAGCGAGUUCGGCAUGGAAGCCUUCCCACACAUCGAUACCAUCAAGUGGUAUGUCACAGAUCCAUCACAGCUCUAUCCUCAGAGCCAUAUGAUCGAUUUCCACAAUAAGGCCGAUGGGCACGAGCGCAGGAUCGCGACUUAUCUGGUGGAGAACUUCCGAACGCAGACAGAUCUUGAAAAGUUCAUCCACCUCACGCAGUUGAGCCAAGCAGAGGCUCUGAUGUUUGGAUACCGUGGUUGGCGAAAGCAAUGGGGUCAGAAGAGAUUCUGUGGAGGCGCUCUUCUUUGGCAAUUGAACGACUGCUGGCCCGUGACCUCUUGGAGCAUCGUAGAUUACUUCCUACGCAAGAAGCCAAGCUAUUACGCGGUCAGACGCGUACUUGCUCCGGUGGCAGUAGCAGUCAAGAGAGAACAUCACGACUGGAGUGUAGUGCAUGCUCGGCCGGCGAAAACCCUGCAAUAUGAAUGCUGGGUCGCCAGUUCAAGAACGAAGUUCAUCACAGCAACAGUGGAGUUACGCUUCAUCAGCAUCGCUACAGGCAAAGACAUCAAGGACAAGAUCGUGAAGAAGGAUGUUGUCGUGUUCGCGAACGGCACCACCGAGAUGUUCCAAGGUGCUAUCGACAAUACUACUGAAGAGCCGCAUGUACUAGCUGCAAGGAUCUGGGUGGACGGAAAAAUUGUCUCCAGAGACGUCGACUGGCCUCAACCGUUGAAGUACCUCGACUUCAGCGACCGCGAUGUGGAGGUCAGCCCGUCGGGUGACAAGAUCAACAUUAAGGCAAGGAAGCCAACGAAAGGUCUAGUAUUCGAAGAAAGAGAGGGCGUUCUUGUCGACGACAGUGCUAUUGACGUUGUUCCAGGGGACGAACAAGUGGUCACGGUCAGAGGCUUGGGGCGGAAUGAUAGGUCGCUCAAGUGGACGUACCUUGGGGCGCCUUGA